UUAAUUAGUUAAUUAGAAAUUCAUCUCACCGCCCACCAACUGUUUGAUAAAAAUCCACACUGAGAAAAAAAAAAAUGUCUGGAAGAGGCAAAGGAGGAAAGGGGCUGGGCAAGGGCGGCGCAAAGAGGCACAGAAAGGUGCUCCGCGACAACAUCCAAGGGAUCACCAAGCCCGCCAUCCGCCGCCUUGCCAGAAGGGGCGGCGUCAAGCGAAUCUCCGGGCUGAUCUACGAGGAGACACGUGGCGUCCUCAAGAUCUUUUUGGAGAACGUGAUCCGUGAUGCUGUGACGUACACCGAGCACGCUAGGAGGAAGACUGUUACUGCCAUGGAUGUUGUUUAUGCUCUGAAGAGACAGGGGAGAACCUUGUACGGAUUUGGCGGUUAGAUUUGGGGUUGUUUUCUGUUCUUCUUUUGUUGUUGGCUUUUGUGUUUAUUAUAUAUAUUUUUUUCUUUAAUAUUUUGGGGGAGUAGAGAAGUCUUGCUGUCAAGAAAAAAAGAAUGUGUGUGGAAUGAAGAAUAGUGUUCUUGAAAUGUAAUGAUUUUGUGUUCUAAUGAAAUCUUGAUUUUCUGGCUUA